AUGCAAAAAAGCAUCAAAAAAAGCAUUACAGCAGGGAUGAGCCGUCCGCGGAGUAAUUCGUCGCCACGACGACAAAGUACAGUACCUGAUUGCUCGGUGCCCUCCUAUCGGAAUAAUUUCAACGAGGGGCUAAAGGGAAUCGAAGGAAUCCUUAUCAAAGUGAUCUUAAAGCCAGUAGUUUCAAAACUAAUGAAGAAAAUGAGCGAACUGCUGCAGCCCGAAAAUAUGGUUUGUUAUCAGUUAAAAAUAGUCUGCCUCAUCACUACUUAUAUGUGCUCUUAGAU